CUAAAUAUGCUGAGAGCGCAUCUAAAUUAUCCUAGUUUCUCAAAUCUGGCAAAGAGAUGCUGUUUUGACUUUCAAUAGGACAUAUAUAGGCUACGUCAUUAAUCCAGCACGGACUCUUCUAGGGGUUUUCUUUACGUCACACCGCGGUGAUUCGUUCUCUCCGCAUUAUUACUACAACACAGCAAACGACUCUCUCUCUCUCUCUCUCUCUCUCUCUCUCUCUCUCUUUCUUCUCUUUCUUGAAGUACUGCAGAGACAGAGCUGCAGCACUAUACACCGUCAGCUCUUGCUUUAGUUUCCGGAUGUCUUUACUCUUUAGGAUACAUAUAAAUGUUUAUUCAUUAGCAGCGUCGGCAGUCUCGUAAUGGAGAACCAGCAUCGACAUCUCAUCUGCUCAGCUCCCUAAAGGACUCAUGAGAGCCAUAAAGGCGAAAUCUCUUCUGUACUGACUGCAGACCUCUUCCCCUCCACCAUCUAAUCAUGGAUGAUACAGCUCAACAAGACACAUCUUCCCUCAUGAAGGGGGCCAGAGACAUUGCUAAGGAGGCAAAACGACAAGCCGCUAAGAAAGUCAACAAAGUUGUGGACCGUGCCUCAAACGAAUACUCCCACAGUCGCGCCUACCACCGCUUCCAGGAUGAAGACGACGACUGCUACAGCCAGCCGGAUGGGAACUACACAGGCCCCAACGCCAAUGAUGAAGAGGGAUCCAGCGACGCCACUGAAGGUCAUGAUGAUGAGGAUGAGAUAUAUGAAGGGGAGUACCAGGGGAUCCCCUCGGAUGCAAAGCCCAGAGAUGGGCUGGUGGCUUUGGGACAGCCGCUGGCGGAUGGCCUGAAGGACCAGCGAGAGCUGGAGAAUGAGAGGCAGGCGGACGAGGAGGAAUUGGCCCAGCAGUAUGAGCUCAUCAUACAAGAAUGUGGACACGGCAGGUUUCAGUGGCAGCUGUUCUUCACGCUGGGGCUGGCGCUCAUGUCCGAUGGUGUGGAGGUUUUCGUGGUGGGCUUCGUUCUCCCUAGCGCAGAGACGGAUAUGUGUGUGCCUGACUCAAGCUCUGGAUGGCUAGGCAGCAUUGUGUAUGUGGGGAUGAUGGUAGGGGCCUUCUUCUGGGGUGGCAUGGCUGACAAGGUGGGCAGACGGCAGUGUCUGCUCAUUUGUAUGUCCAUGAAUGGCUUCUUCGCCUUCCUCUCAUCUUUUGUGCAGGGCUAUGGCGUCUUCUUGCUUUGUCGCACAAUGUCUGGCUUCGGGAUUGGCGGAGCGGUGCCCAUCGUCUUCUCAUACUUUGCUGAGGUGUUGGCAAGAGAGAAGCGUGGAGAACAUCUGAGCUGGCUUUGCAUGUUCUGGAUGAUUGGAGAGAUUUAUGCAUCUGCCAUGGCCUGGGCCAUCAUACCUCACUACGGCUGGAGUUUCAGUAUGGGCUCAGCUUAUCAGUUCCACAGCUGGAGGGUGUUUGUGGUGGUGUGCGCUCUUCCCUGCGUCUGUGCCGUGGUGGCCUUAAUGUUCAUGCCGGAGAGCCCGAGGUUCUACUUGGAGGUGGGGAAGCACGACGAGGCCUGGAUGAUCCUCAAGCAGAUUCAUGACACAAACAUGCGAGCGCGUGGACAGCCCGAGAAAGUCUUUACCGUGAACAGAAUUAAGAUCCCAAAGCAGAUUGAUGAGUUUGUCGAGAUGCAGAAUGAAUCCGGCAACGUUUUAUCAAAAGCGAUCUUCAGAAUAAAGACUGAGCUUCAUGGGAUUUGGUUGAACUUCUUGAAGUGUUUUAAUUAUCCUUUGAAAGACAUUACAGUGAAACUUGCUAUUGUGUGGCUCUCACUGUCAUUUGGGUAUUAUGGUUUAUCUGUGUGGUUUCCUGAUGUCAUCAAACACCUUCAGGCUGAUGAUUACGCCUCCAAAGUACAAAGGCAUAACAGCGAACGUAUUGAAGAUUUCACCUUCAAUUUCACCCUUGAGAACCAGAUACACACUAAUAGCAUAUUUAUAAAUGACAGAUUCACAAAUAUGAAAUUCAAGUCUGUCACUUUCAUCAAUUCCACCUUUCAAAACUGCUUUUUUGAGGAUGUAACAUCAGUGGGUUCUUUCUUUCGAAACUGCACAUUCAUCGAGGUUGUCUUCUACAAUACUGACAUUGACGAUUCCAAACUGAUAAAUACAGACGUCAUAAACGGUACAUUUUACCACAACAAAACAGGCUGUCAAAUGACAUUUGAGGAUGAUUAUAGUGCAUACUGGGUGUACUUUGUCAAUUUCUUGGGAACAUUGGCUGUUCUGCCUGGCAACAUUGUAUCUGCACUUCUCAUGGACAAAAUUGGCCGCUUGUCUAUGUUAGGGUUUUCCAUGAUCCUGUCUGGUAUUAGCUGCUUCUUCCUGUGGUUUGGCACCAGUGAGUCGAUGAUGAUUGGGAUGCUGUGCUUGUACAAUGGGCUGAGUAUCUCUGCCUGGAACUCCCUGGACGUUGUGACAGUAGAGCUGUUCCCUACGGAUAGAAGAGGAACAGGAUUUGGCUUCUGUAAUGCCUUGUGCAAGCUAGCCGCGGUGAUGGGAAAUCUGAUUUUUGGAUCUUUAGUAGGCAUCACCAAAGCUAUCCCUAUUCUCCUGGCCUCCUCUGUGCUCGUUGGCGGAGGUCUGGUGGGAUUGCGACUACCUGACACCAGGUCUAAUGUCCUCAUGUAACCCUUGUGUCAGAGGUCUGGAGAAACUCAAAAGGCUUGACUUAAUCUUCAUUCAUCAUUAUGGUACAUUGUGUACUUACUUCCUUACAUAAAUGCAUUUACUGUUUCAGUGGUGUUUCUAUAUAGCCAGGUGAAGGUUGGUGGUUCAAAACUUAAUCAUCAAACAGUGGGUAAAUAUUUUGACAAUCUUUAGACUUUCCUUUGCAAUAAUAACACUUGCACCUUCAUACUGUAUGGUUGAUUCGACCAAAACCCUUGUGUUUCCUUGUGGCUUUUCAAGGGUUUGUAACAGCCUUGCAAUGGACGUGAGUGUAAAUAUUAAUGUCCCCUUAUUAAGACUUGAGCAAAACAAGCUAUUAAUGAGCUGUCCAAACCUGCUGCAAAUAUGCGGAGAGGAUGAUCAGAUACGCAGAGAGCUUGGCACAGCUGCAUCACAGCUGGUCGACUGAACCCAGAGAGUUAAUGAAGAGAUGAGAGACUGAGACUGGUCUACUGGUAAACAACUCUUUAUUCAGUGCCUAGUUUCAAAUUUUGACUAUAUACUGAAAAUAUAAUUGGAGUAGGGUUUGUUAUCAAAUCAGUUUCAUUGAGUAUUAUGUUUUGGGAGGUUGAAACCCAUCUUUUUUUUAACAGUAUUAUCACUGUAUUUUUAUAAUCAAGCCUUUUGCAUAUGUACUCCAACCUCUGAUGAAAAGGCCACAAAUGUGCACUGUACUCUUGCUUUAAGUACAAGUAUAAUGUUCCUGCAGCCAGAUUUAUGAAAAUCAAAAAUCUAUUUUGUGCUCUACAGAUGUUUUGUUCAUAUGAAGUGGAGUAUAUUUUGCUCAUAAGCUUGAUAUUGUAAGUCGAUUUGAUUUCAUAUACAACAAACGUGUUAUCUGACUUGUUCUGCCACUUUGUGAUUUGUCUAAAAGCGAAUGGCCUUUUGAAAUUGUGCCUCUCCUACAUAAGAUCAUUAUCAUGUAUGAACUUGAGGUAGCUGCUGUAAUUCCAUGGUCAUUCAUGCAAACCAUAUUACAAUCUGACAGAAAGGACUGAUGAGAAUCAGGCUGGUAAUAAGCCUCUUUUAUGUACAAUGUCAAAGACACAUCUUGUUGACACGACAGGUUUACAGGUGCAGAGGGAGUUUAGAGGUUCCGCCUCAACAUAUGGGGUCUACAAUCUGUAGAGAGGGGAAGAGAGAUGUGUUUGAUAACCACAUGACACAUGAUUCAUUUACAAGCCAAGGGAAGAGAAAUCUGUGUUAUUAGGUUGCUUCUACAUAAUGACUAUCAAUAUAUACUGUAGGUAUAUACACCAUUCAAAAGUUUGUGGUCCGUACCAUUUUUUUAUUCCGCAAGAAUGCGUUCAAUUGAUCAAAAGUGACAGUAAUGACAUUUAUGUUAAAAUAGAUUUCUAUUUCAAAUUAAUGCUGUUCUUUCUAUUUAUCAAAGAAUCUUGAAUAAAAAUGUACCACUGUUUCCACAAAAAUUUUAGCAACACAACUGUUUUAAACACUGAUAAUUGUAAGAAAUGUUUCUUGAGCACCAAGUCAGCUUAUUAGAAUGUUUUCUGAUCAUGAAUCAUGUGACACUUUGAAAUUCAAGUUUGCCAUCACAGAAUAUAUUAAAAUAGAAAAUUGGUAUUUGUAAUAAUAGAUUAUAAUAUUACUGUUUUACGAUCAAAUAAGAGAUGUGUGUGUAUAUAUAUAUAUAUAUAUAUAU